CUUGUGACAAUCCAGACAGAAAGGGAAAGCCUUCCCCACUUCCCCCUGAGUUACGCGGCGCUGGGAUGACGGAUGAUUGUUGCUCCUGUGCCAGAGGACCAACUUCGAGCGGGGGCAUGGAGUUGAGUUAACCAUUACCAGCCAGACUCGGACCAUUCCUGAUUCCAGACCGGACGCGUGGCGAAUCUUUCGGAGGGUUUUUUUUUUUUUUUUUGGAGCGCCACCGGGUACAAAGUUGGCGCAUGGAGAGGGACGAAGUUUCAUUUUUGCGCAGCGUAUUUUCUUUGUUUUUGUCGCCAGUGCGUGCCAGCCAGCGUCCAGCAGCUUUCCGGGUCAUAACAAGCCGAACGGGACGGGUUGAGUUUUGAGCCUUGGCGUUGCCGGAUACUUGAGGGCAGACAAGUUGAGGACGCAGAGAUGGUGGACAACAAGCCCCUUCUCCAGGACAGACCCCCCGCCUACAAUGCCGUCCCGGGGGCGCACGAGUACGGCCCGCAGCCGCAGCCGGGCUACGGGGCGAUCCCCGCCGCCGCCCCGCCGCCGUACCCGUACCCCGGCGGACAAGGAUACCCGUCGGCCCAGAUGCCCCCUGCUGUGUCCCAUCAGCCGUACACCAGCACCUCUUACACCGUCAUCCAGCCCUCUGUAGUGGUGGUGGGAGGCUGCCCCGCCUGCAGAGUCGGGGUCCUGGAGGACGACUUCACCUGCCUGGGGAUCCUCUGCGCCAUCUUCUUCUUCCCCUUGGGCAUCCUCUUCUGCUUCGCGCUGCGCCAGAGACGGUGUCCCAACUGCGGCGCCUCCUUCGGCUAGCGGGACCAAAUCGCAGCCCCUUGCACACGCUCGUCCUCCCGUGCGCGCACACACAGACACACACAAAAGCAUACACGGCCACGCUUGCACACACUUGCAUAAUCCUGCGUAUUUUUCUUUUCCUUGUGUAUGCUCUUUUGUAAUCUCUUCUCGAUAUUGCACAUCGAUGUUGCCAUUUAAUUGGAUGAUCUGGAUGAAUCACAUUGAGGGUUUUUUUUUUGUUAUUAUUUGAGGCACUAUCUAGAAGGCUGUCGUUAUUUUCUGGCUGAGAAUAUAUUCUAGCACAUGUACAUGUCCAGAUGUUGUCAGUGCCUUCACUACAUGCCGAGUGAUCAUCAGAUUCCAUCAGUCAUGAGUUCUUCUGUAGAUUUAGCUCAGUUGUUCGAGAUCUGAGCAGAUUCCUUCAUGUUUGCUAAACCAGAUGUAACGAGGCAUUUGUAGGUUUUUUUUUUUUUUCUCUCACAUUUAUUGCAUUUGCUGGUACACUGUAUACUUUGUGCUGAGUAAGGCAGGGAUCACCGUAGAUCACUGAUGAAUUAGCUUCUUUUUCAGUAAUGCAAACCCGUUUUCUCAAAUUAUUUUUAUGGCUUUGGUGUGUUACGUAAGAAAACACACAGACGACGUUUGAGGAGAUGAUGUUAAGAGCUGUUCCAGGUGAAACGGCGGACUGGCGUCGGACUCACAGCCUCCUGUCUGAUUUCGUUUCUUUCUGAUUUCUUGGGGCCAUAUUUGCACUGACCGCUGUUGCGAUGAUUCUUCCGGUGGGUUGUGUUUUUCCAGGGCCAAUGCAGACCUCAGGUACAUACAAUCUGAAAUGCCCUCGACUCUACAGCCGCCGCCGCCACCGCUCCGAGUCCGGACUUUCUAAAAGACUCUGGUGUCAAAGCUCGGACUUCUUCCUCCGACGCGAGGACUUUACCUUCGUGGAAGCAUGCUGAGUACAAAAUGAAAGAAAUCUCAAUAAUGUGUUUAAAAUCUCUGGAUUUUCAAUCUUAGUACUUUACUGUGUGACAAGUCAACCUGCCCUGCUCCUCCCAGCAAGACAAUCAGUGGAAUGUCUCCGUCCCCCGUAUCUGCAGUGUCUCCAUGUCUACGUCUUCCAUUACAGCAGAGUGUUAUAAAAAGCUGUUCUCAGCAGAAGAAAAGAGAGAACUGGGAUUAGAGGGAUUAAAAAAAAAAAAAAAAGAAAUCUUGCUUUAGAAACUACACUACGCACGCUGUUAUGAUCGAGGUUCUUACUUUUAUAUAUGAGUUACUGUAAUUAAAAACGAAUGCGACAUA